CGUGGGUAGGAAAUUUGGGACGACUUUGACUCUCUUUUUUUUCUCUCUCUCUCUCUCCCCUCUCAAACUAUCGGUUCGGCGGUCUCUAAUCUCUAUCUAAAUCCGCGGAAUCCGAAAGCCUCCGGACAUUAAAUCCCUUAAUUCCCGGGGAAACUCAAACUUUCCGUCCCUCCGCGUAUCUAUUUGAUUCGUUUGUACACCGCGAUUUUUGCUUCUUGGUUUUUACCAUUUUUCCGCUGGCGGUGGAAUUGGAUUCCGAUGGGAACUCCGGAAUUCCCAGAUCUGGGGAAGCAUUGCACCGUCGAAGAUUGCCGGCAGAUCGAUUUCUUGCCCUUCACAUGCGAUCGCUGCAGCCAGGUGUUCUGUUUGGAGCACCGGGGCUACAUUAAACACAGUUGUCCAAAAGCUGACAGAGAAGAUGUCACUGUUGUUGUCUGCCCACUGUGUGCUAAAGGAGUUCGUCUAAUUCCUGAUGAAGACCCAAACAUUAGUUGGGAGACGCAUGCCAACACUGAGUGUGACCCGUCAAAUUUUGAGAAAGUAACAAAGAAGAAAAAAUGCCCAGUCCCUGGUUGCAGGGAGGUCCUAACAUUCUCAAACACAAUCAAGUGCAGGGACUGCUCGGUAAACCAUUGUUUGAAGCACAGGUUUGGACCUGACCACAAAUGUCCGGGACUGACGAAGAAACCAGAAGCAGGUUUCCCAUUUAUGGGUCUUUUGAGUAGGAGUAGAAAAGACGAAUCAAAACCCAACCGAGCUCCAACCUCAUCUUCCCCCAAGUGGGCUACAAGCUUUUUUAAUGCAGCUUCAACGGUUCGAGCUUCAGCUGAAGCAGGCAUGGCAAGAUUGGGCACUGAAAUUAGCCAAAAGUUGCAGGUCGCAAGGGAUGGUAUGGGGCAGAGCAGCAGCAGUGGGGGUGGAAUUGGACAAGAGGAGUGUCCACAGUGUGGUGUGAAGUUCUCCUCAGUUACAACUCUGGUGGAGCAUGUGGAGAAAGUCCAUGAGAGGAGUGGCAACCGAGCUGGGGUGAAGAAGGUGACGAUUGAUGUCUGCCCAAAGUGUAGUAGAGGGUUUCGAGAUCCAGUGUCACUUGUGGAGCAUGUUGAGAGGGAUCAUGGUGGUACUUCAAGGGCUUAGCUUCACCACUUAGGUAUACUUAGGGAUCAUGGUAACUCGCAAUUUCAUUUUGCACAUUGCUCGGAUUCAAGACUCUGGAAAUGCAAAUAUCUCCUGAGCAUUCGAUCAAAUAUCGGAUUUUUUUUAAAAAAAAAUUGCGAGUUUUAAUACAAAUUUCAAAAUGCUUUGUGGAUAGUGAAAUCACUUGUUUACAGCCAAAUUGUAUUUGUACACUUAAUUGUUACUGGUGGCCUAUUUGCUUGUUAAGAGGAUAUAAAACUACAGCAAUUAAAAUUGUUUGGAAA